UACAUAUCUUCAUGGUAAAAUUAGCCAAAAAGAUUAUGAGCAUGCCCAAAAAGUAUGGAAAGAAUUUAACUGCAAGACUUUAGAUGAUUAUCAUGACCUCUAUCUUAAAAUCGAUGUACUCAGUCUUGCAGAUAUUUCACCUGCAUUAGCUUGGGAUGCUAUGCUUAAGAUAACAGGUGUUAAAAUUGAGCUCUUUACAGAUAUAUCUAUGCAUGAUUUUAUAGAAGAUGCUAAGCGUGGAGGUAUAGCUAUAGCCUAUAAGUGCUAUUUUAAGGCCAAUAAUCCAAAAAUAGGCAAAACAUUUAACCCAUCAAAACCAACAACAUGGAUAAGCUAUGUCAAUGCCAAUAAUCUUUAUGGAUGGGUUAUGAGUCAAUAUUUGCUUAUUGGAAAUUAUAAAUGGGAGGUAACUGUAGAAAAUAUGGCUGUAAAUAAAAAUAUGUUAAGUCCCUAUACUACAGAACUUGUAGAUAGCUUGGAUGGUGGACGUUUCUUAGCAACAGAAAAAUUAGUACCUUAUCUUGGUCCACAAAAAGAAUAUGUUAUUCAUUACUUAGAGCUUCAAUACUAUAUAGAAUUAGGUAUGAUAGUAGAUGAAAAAGAUUUCUUUAAGCUUAAGAAUAACUCAGUAUAUGGCAAAACUAUAGAAAAUGUUCGCAAAUACCAAGACGUCAAGCUCAUGGCUAUGAAUAAUAAGCAAGACGAAAAGAAAUUUAUUAAGCAGAUCCGUAAACCCUCUUUUAAAUAUGCUAGACAGCUUGGAAAUACACUUGUUGAGGCACAUAUGGGAAAAGCUAGUGUAACUCUCAACAAGCCUAUUAUUGUUGAAGCAUCAGUUCUUGGCCUUAGCAAACUUUUAAUGUAUCGCUUCUGGUAUAGAUAUGUAAAAGAAAGAUAUGGUGAUAAAGCCCAGCUUGGAUAUAUGGAUACAGACUCAUUCAUAUUUCAAGUUGAAACUAAAGAUAUCUAUAAAGACAUGGCAGAGCGACCUGAUCUUUUUGACCUUAAUGAUUCUAAAACUAUUGGGCUUUUUAAAGAUGAGACUCUAGGCAAUGUGAUUACAGAAUCUUAUCAUAUUUGGGCUAAAUCAUAUCACUAUGUCUUAGCAGAUAAGUCUACAAAGUCUAAGCAUAAGGGGGUUAGUAAAAAAGGCAUAAAUGAAAUGGCUAUGAAUUCAUACAUGCCAGCUUUAGAAGGGUCUUUGCUAGAUGAUCCGAUAGAUAGAUCAUUAUUAUCAGAGCAAGAAGCUAUGUGA